UAAUUUAUUUCCUUCGAUUCUGGUGGGUGACAAGCUAGCGGUUGAAGUUCUUAUCAUUUGUUACUAAAUUAAUCAUUUAAACGUAAAUAUACUGCGUGAUUGAUGGGCGGCGGCUAGCAAUCUGUGGUUUUGGCAACUGGGCUGAAGAUAGUUCAAACGGAUUUUAGGCAAGCUUGCAAGCAACGAUUACAUCUAUGGAUGAUCAUGGUCUUCGUCAUGGACGGGAUCGGGGAGAAUCAUCAUCAUCAUCAAUUGAAAUCCAAAAUCAAUGGAGAGAGAUUCAAGAUUUACUUAAAGAGAGGUUGAUAACACAGGAUGAUUUCCCUUGGAAACUGCCCAUACCCAGCAGCAGCGGCAAUGUUGUUGUUGAAGAAGAAGGAACGUUAUUGAAAUAUGUGGGUGGGGUUGAUGUAAGCUAUUCUAAGGAAUUAGACUCAGCAGCAGCAGCAGCAUCAACGGCAGCAUGCGGAUGUGGAAGCCUUGUUGUUUUGGAUGUCACCACUCCCACUCUGCAAGUCGUCUACCAAGAUUUCUUUCUCCUCACCAAUUUCGAUGUCCCUUAUAUUCCUUCCUUCCUUGCUUUCCGAGAGGCUCCAAUACUGUUACAACUGUUACAGAAGAUGAAAAAAACUGACAAUCCAUUCCACCCCCAGUUACUGCUUGUUGAUGGCAAUGGUUUGCUACAUCCUCGAGGUUUCGGCUUGGCUUGCCAUCUUGGUGUUCUGGCUAAAAUCCCCACCAUUGGCAUAGGAAAGAAUGUAACUAACCUCGUACUACUUCUAAAUUACUACUCUUUUAUUACCAAAUGCUAA